AAAAAAAAAAAUCUCGUUCAAGAGAUUUUCAAAAAAAAAAAAGAGUUUUUCUUUCGCCGAUCGACGACGACUAAAGAAGACCCACCAAAAGUACCAGAAAAAAGAGAAAGGUUGUGACACCGUCAUCAUCAUCAUCUUCGUCACCAAGAAGCAAAGCAAAAAAAUAUAUAUAUUUAAAAAAAAUGUCGACAGCAACGGCAGAAACCAUGGACACACUGUCACCAGCCUUGGCCAAACUCGACAUCGACUCGGAAGAAGACAACGUGGAAAUCAUCAUCACUCCAAAGGCCAAGUCCGGCACCAGCUCAUCGUCGUCAUCUGCACCAAUCAUGACCACAACAACGUCAGUGUCGAUGUCGAGUCCCAAUUCCCCCGACACGGACUCAUCGUCAGACGGAUCCGCGUUUUUCGACGCCGCGAGUGACAAGGCUUCGCUCAUCUACGAUUCCUCUCAACGUCGAGACUCGGGUUUCGAAGAAAAGAAAUCCAGCAGCAAGUCCAAGGACAACAAGGAGAAUGAUGGUGCCCGAAAUAAUUCGGUCAUGACCGAGGAAGAAGAAGAUGACGAGUUCGUGGUGCCAGACAAGGAAUUGGUGGAGAAGAUCGUGGCGCAGGUGGAGUUUUACUUCAGCGACGCCUCCAUCACCAAGGACGCCUUUCUACUCAAGCACGUGCGGCGAAACAAGGAGGGGUUCGUGUCACUCAAACUCAUUUCUUGCUUCAAGAGGGUCAAGCAUCUUACAAAGGACUGGCGACAGGUGGCCUAUGCAAUUAAAUCAUCGUCCACCGACUUGGAGGUGAAUGAUGUGGAGACCAAAGUUCGCCGCAAGGCGGCGCUGCCUGAGACGGACGAAACGACACCUAGCCGAACUGUGGUUGCCUACAAUUUACCAGGGGCGACACCUAGUGUCGAAUCUGUUGCAGAGAGGCCGGUCUCUUAUAAGCGCUUGGUCACAAAGGGGAUACAAAAGAAUAGUAGCUGGCUUCCAAUAGUAGCCGGGUCCAAGAAGAGACCUGGCUACUAUUUGGGGAGGAUACAUAGAAACACAAUGGGCAUGAGAAGGUACAGCUACGUGAGCAGCUCUUCAUCCCCGUCAUCAGCGGGUUCCAUGUCACCAGGGUCACCAUGCUGCUCACCACAGCACCAUCGUGGUGCCCCGUGUUUCUGCUUCGCCCAGAGGAGAAGCGCCACACCCUUCGACUUUGCUCCUAAUGCCGGCGUCGGUCAAAUGUUGAGCCCUGGACUGCAGAUGUCGCCCCAGGCCCUGGCACCAGCCUACGCGUACCACCAGCACCAACAGCGUGGCUCCUUCGACGAUGGCAUGAUCCCGAGGACGAACCAGUCGUGGCGCAGUGGCGGCAACAAGGCGGCUCAUCCCACAGUCUACUUGGCACCAGCGAUGGUACCCGGACACCAUGCACCACUGUCCAGGCGCCACUCGGACGCCGCCACGGUACUGUAUACGGUAUGUGAAAAAUGUUGGUCUCUUUUUAUUGGCGAGUCCAGGUUGAGCCCUGGACUGCAGAUGUCGCCCCAGGCCCUGGCACCAGCCUACGCGUACCACCAGCACCAACCGCGUGGCUCCUUCGACGAUGGCAUGAUCCCAAGGACGAACCAGUCGUGGCGCAGUGGCGGCAACAAGGCGGCUCAUCCCACAGUCUACUUGGCACCAGCGAUGGUACCCGGACACCAUGCACCACUGUCCAGGCGCCACUCGGACGCCGCCACGGGUUUAUCGGUGCCGGAUAACGUGCUGAGGUUGCCGCGGGGCCCGGACCCAACAGCCGGCAGAGGGUUCAGAACCAGCCACUUUGCCCAGUGGACCCAGCCGUCGGGUUGCAAUAGGUUCCAGCAGAAGGGCCGCUCUGGUUCCGUGCCCACCGUCGUAUUCACCAGGUAUGCACCACAAGAGAUGCAGGUGCAGCAGGAUGAACCACAGUAUGUGUACCAACCAGUGGUGAUGCAAGAGAUGCAGCCACAAUAUGAUGAAUCUGUGCUGCAUCAGCAACAGCAAAUGAUGCCAGAACAAAUGCAGCCAGUGGAAGUGAUGCAACAACCAGUGGAAGAACAACAACAACAACAACAACCAUCACCACAACAAGUGUGUGUAGCUGAGACCAUCCCUGAGGCUCCAGCAGCUGAGGCUGCAGCCACUGAGGCAGAGACCAACCAAGCCUAAAAAAAAAAAGUGUGAAAAAAAUCCAUCCUGUGACAGAAGAAAAAGACCUUUUCCUUUAAGCCUAUCAUCUCUUUUUACCCAGUGUGAGGAGUUACCAUUUUUCAGACAGGAAACCUGACUUAUUCCUGUCUUUCUUCCUCUUUUACCUCCCUUUCUUCAUCUUCUUCCUCUUGAAUAUAUUUCACAGUCUUAGAGUCUCUCUUAUUGAUUGGGGAGAAAAAAAAUGGGAAUAGGGGCAUUUUUAUCCUGGUUUUUCGCCUUAGGCAAGCUCUGGAAGCUGAGCCACAAAUAGGUCUGAGAACUAUGAUUUUUUUUUCCAUUGUAAAACCUUAUUUAUUGGCAUGCUUGCACUGUGAGAAAACCUUCCAUGUUUUGCACUUUGGUGAGAGACUUGCUUCCCUGUGCAGGGAAUAGGAGAUAUGAAUGAAACACUUGGACAUUUGGUUGCUUCCUUGAUGUGGUCUUACAAGAGUUGAUGGAGACU